GCCUCCUCUUCUUUACUCCUCCACCUCGGGAAACAGAGAGACGCAGAGACGGCUGCAGAUCGUGGCCGGUGGGUCGGAGUCAGAUAAGCAAAAACCAAACAUGGCCGCACCAGAACCCCCUCUUUGCUAUGUGGGUGUGGCCAGAAAAUCCGCUGCUUUCCGCCUCAUGAAACAAAUGGGGUGGGAAGAAGGAGAGGGGCUUGGGAAAGACAAGCAGGGGAUCAAAGGCUAUGUUAGAGUCAAAAACAAGCAGGACACUACUGGUGUUGGUGUGGAGAAGCCCAACAAUUGGGCAUUUGAUACAACCCAAUUUGAUAGUAUCCUCAAAAGAUUGAAAGUGCAAUCAGCGGAACCUAGCGAUGAAGUUGCUGGGAAGAACACCACUCAAGUGGAAAGUGAUACUGAAUUGCCUACUGAUGUUAAGGAACCAGUUGUGAAGUUUACUCGGCCACAGGGAAGAUAUAAGAAAAGAGAAAGAGGAAAGCUUGUUAAUGCUUAUUCUGCUAAGGAUAUUGAAGGAAUCCUUGUCAGAAGGGCAGAGUCUCCAGAGAUAAAUUUUGAUGUGGGUGGAGAAGUGGAGUCAGAGAAGGCAUCUGAGAUUCAAGUUAUAUGUCCUCCUGAAGGAAACGCAUGUAAAGAGCUUCCUCCAAAUUGGUGGGGCCAUAAAUAUGGGUUCAUCCCGGGGGGUUUGCUUGGAGCAGAGUUGAAAAGAAGAAAAUCAGAAAAGUCUCAAAGUAAUGAGAGGACUAUGUUUUACGAGGACGAUCAAGUAAAUCUUUACAAUCUUGUUCAGGAUAAAUCUACAACUGGAAAGCAAGGACUAGGCAUUAAGGACCGUAAAAAGAAAAUAGCUGGUUGCUACUUUGAGGGAAAAAAGACGUCAUUUAACGAUAGUGAUGAUGAAGAUUCUGCUGAUCUUGGAUCUCCUGUGAAACAAAAAGGAGAUGACUCUUUGAAAAUGGGAAGUGCCAAUGAAACAAAAGUAAAGCUGAAAAAUCUUAGUAAACAGCUCCUUCGUCAGGCACCUGGAGAGUCUUUGAAGCUUAAAACAUUGAAAGCUUUGAUUGACGAACAUUCAUCUUCUGUUUUCUCCAAUUUUUCUUCAAAGAAAGAUGCGCUUGCUUACUUGAGAGACAAGCUGGAAGGCAGCAACAAGUUCAUGGUGGAAGGAAAAAAAGUGAGUCUCACAUCAAGGAGGGGCUGAAGAUUUUGUUAGAGAUAUUGAGAGGUCACAUUCUUUUACUUCGACGAUUUUGAGACUUCUGCAUCGUGAUAUGUACAUUGCAGCUGAGUCUAGUUUAUAAUUAAAAUUCAUAUAGGUAUGCCCUUUACUAGUUUUGUUGUAGUGAUCAGUCGAAAGUAAAUCAAAGCGCCAUUUGCUUUGUAUUAUUUGUGUUAAAUCUGAGCUGCUAUAAGGAUGAAACUCAUGUAAACAGUAAUUCUAGAGUUUGCUUAUUAUUGUGAUGUUUAAAAUAAGAUAAAAAAAUAUUCAAAUCA